UUACCCUGGAAUACUUUAGUUUUGUUUUGUUUUGUCAGCAGGGCUUGGGCAUUCAAAAACAGCUCUGCGAAGCGUCGAAACAACGCUACACACCAGCACUCUUUAUUACAGCCCUUGGGUUUCAAAGAGGGGCAAGUCAGGUACCCUUCAAGCCAGAUUCAGUUACACUGCCGGAGAAAGAAAAGGGGAGAGAGAGAGGUAGAGACAAGAGAGAUACUGAAUCAAACCAGGUUUUGUAGUUUAAGCCAGUGGAGAGGGAGGGUGAGAGAAAGAGGACGAAGGACAUACAGCGGACAGUGAGUUUCUGGGGAGUGUCACCCCCAGGGAGGGAGGGCAGUUUUUUACUCUGUGCUCUGUAUUGGAUGAGGUGCAUCUGGGCCUUACCAAGAAGGACAACUACAUCAUGUGGACAAUCGCCCAGGUGCCUGAGGACAGCACUAGACCAUUGAAUCCCAGGCAGCCAGUGGUUCCACGGCCAGGCCGCCACAGAAGGCCCAUGACGGCUCCAAAGACUCAGAAAGACAAGGCGUCUAAUUGGAAGAGAGUGUUGCUGACUGUCCUGACAGUUGUGGUGGUACUGGGUAUACUGGCCACCGCAGCAUAUUUCAUUAAGCAGCUGAUUGACAGCAAAUAUUUCUUCUGCAAGCGUUCAGUGAAGUUUAUCCCAAUAGACAAAGCCUGUGAUGGGAACAACGAUUGUAUUGGAGGAGAGGAUGAAAUUACCUGUGUGUCAAGCUUUACCGUCAACACUACCUUUCCAGUGCGUCUCACCUUGGCUCAGCACGUCCUACAGGUGUACAGUCCUGGCUCAAGCUGGCGGAGUGUGUGUGCGGAUGAGUGGACUGAGCAGCACACACAGACAGCGUGUAAACAACUGGGAUACACUUAUAAACCUCAUAGCGCCAGUGUCCCAGUGGACGAGUUAAUACCUUCCAUGAAAACUGGACCAUUCACAGCUGUCAGGCCCGGGACUACGACCACACCCAUACAUCAGGCUACCAUUGACCGCAGUGUAUGCAGAACUGGAGCUGUGGUUUCUUUGUCCUGUUCAGACUGUGGAAAGGUGGGCUCUCAGGACCGUAUUGUCGGGGGUACAGAUGCUUUCAUUGAGGACUGGCCCUGGCAGGUUAGCCUGCAGCAGGGAGGCAACCAUGUAUGUGGAGGCUCGCUGGUGUCGCCGCAUUGGGUUGUCACUGCCGCCCACUGCUUUACUGGCAGUAAAAAGGAGCUAAGUCGCUGGAGAGUGGUGUCAGGCCGGACAUACAUGGGCACACUCGGGGGUUCCUAUGUGGACAGGAUCAUAUUGAACGGAGACUACGAUGCAGCCCGAAAUGACUAUGACGUAGCACUGAUGAGACUAAGCAGCCCGAUCUCAGUGGGAGUAAGCCGCAGGCCGGUUUGUCUACCUCCCAAAGCCUUUGGUCUUGCUGCUGAAGACACCAUGGUUGUGACUGGCUGGGGAUAUUUGAAGGAAAACAGUAAGGUUUCUCCUUCACUACAGAAGGCCUCUGUCCCUCUGAUAGACCGGACUAAGUGUUCCAGCCCCGCAGUGUAUGGUAGUGCCAUAACCCCAAGGAUGAUCUGUGCUGGUUACCUGGAGGGGAAAGUGGAUGCCUGCCAGGGGGACAGUGGGGGUCCAUUGGUGUACUUCACAUCCUCUAAGUGGCAUCUGGUAGGAGUGGUGAGCUGGGGUGUGGGCUGUGCCCGGGAGGGAAGGCCAGGUGUCUAUUGCAACGUUGAAGAGAUGCUGAACUGGAUUUAUACAGUCAUUGAGAAAAACCCCUGAGGUCUACCGCCAUGAUGAGCAGCUACUCCAGUCCAGUCUACCUUGGACAGAAUGUGAAACUAAAACAACCGUUUGUUUCAAUGUGGUUGACUGGACAUGGGAGACAGCCAGAGAGAAAGGGGAAGUCGAAGAUCGAUCACGCAACACAGAUUAACACAGAUUAACACAGCCAUACACAAAAACACUGCACAUGUAAAGACACACACAAUUCACACAAACUUACUUUUUCAGGUGUGGUUUGUGCCAUUUCGUGCCAUUUCAGGUUCUUAUCUCAGGGGACAAGUAUAUUUAUGUUUUUUUGUCUGUCGCUGGCCAGUCUGGACAGUUUUUAGCUUUUACGAUGUUGUAAUUCAACAGACCUAAUUCACUGACUAAUGCAUUUUUUUAAAGCAUGAAUAAUGUCAAAUGAAAAUAGAAUUUUUGAUCACUGCCAUUGACACGAGGACGUGGCAAUAAACUGUUUUUAACUGUGAAGAUUUUGGACCGUAAUAGACUGGCAGACCUCAGAUAUAAUGUACUUUAUUACUGUGUGCUAAGAUUUUAGGUGUGCAAUGUGAUAUGAGGGUUCAUAUGGUAAAGGAAGGUGAUGGACAGGAUGAACCUGUGCUAUACUAUUGCCAGCAGAAGUCAGUGUGAAGCCUCAGGUUAAUAUCACCGAUAUUGUAAAAGUCACUCCAAGCGCAGGAGUUUAAUGCUUUUAUGGUGCUGAUUCAGUUGAUCUGAUGUGCCCCUGAAGGGGAAAUGCACCUUUUUACAGCACAGAUGGUGUGCUUGUUUCUUAACACAAAUUGACUUUCAUAAGCACUUUAAGUGGAAAGUGAGAAUUACUUGAGCUUACUGUAUGUGAAGAUGAUUCAACUAUUCUAAUAAUGCACUGACGACUAUAACUCAAAUCACAGUUAUGGGUUUAUAGUGCCUCCACGUUGAGUUUCAAAGUGCAAUCAGAUAUAAAAUCAGAUAUAACCAGUGUGCGUUAAGAAAACUCUCACAGCAGCCAGAAUAUUCAGAGCAGUUUUUGCCUUCAAACUAAGCUAAAAAGACAAAAAUAUCUAAUUUCCUAAACUUUAAAAGUGAGAAACAAGCAGUAUAGUAUGUACAAUUGUACACUCAGGCAAAAGCAUCAACUGUCAUUAUUUCUCCAUUUUAAAGUAAUUAUUCCAUUUGUGGCAAAGUAAAAUAAUACGGUUAUUUAUCAUUCUCUGGUCUAUAGAGACCUGCACAAAGUAAGUAAGAAUUGCCCCUUCUGCAUUUAAAAAUAACAUUGUAUUAUACUGUAUUAUAUUAAAGGUUAGCUGGACAUGAAUAGCAUUUCUUUCAAGGUUUGUAUACAGUAUAGUGAAUGCCACGGUAGCUGAUAACUUUUGUCUGUAAAUAUGGUACAUUUUGUAAAUUUUUAUAUACCUGUGUAUAUAUAAUAAAGACAUUCUU